UUUGUUCUGACGUCGGGUAGAGAUGACCGUGACCGGGAUAAACAAUGCGAUAAAGACGUUAUCCACUUUUUUCCUCUCCUUAUGUUUCAUCAGCUUUCCCCAGGAACAAUGCCUCUUGUCUGAAUCAGGGUUUAGUGGGGACUAAAACAUGCUGAUUUAUUCAUUUCCAUUUCUUGGUGCCAGUGGAGUCACUGGUGAUUGUUUGUUGCAGUUAAUUAAUUGUGACUUCAGAGGGCUGCAUGGGAGAAUGCCGGCCAUGUCUGCUUUGUUUGGGAGUCUGCUCGUUUUGAAAGAGACCGACUUUAAUGAUUCCAUAUGGUUUUUAAGCACAGUCCACAUGUUGGGUCAGUUUUGGCUCAGCGUUGACUGAAUGUUACGGUAGCGUUUCUGAAAUGCAGGCAUGUCACUUAGUUAUUUCCUGUUGGACAUGGCUGUUCAGAGAGGCAGCUGCGUCCAGGCCUACUAAAUUCAUCACGUGUGAAGUCAUGUCGGUGACAGUUAUAGCACCUACCGGAGCUUAUUUCAGUCCACUUCUCUCUCUCACUCCGUUUUUUGAAAUAUUUAAGCGGUCUGACAAACGGUGUCAACAUUUUCCAAAUGGUGUUCCAGGCUUUUUGUCUCUGGCUUUUUCCUUUCUCUCUCUUUUUUAUAGAUGUGCCGAGAGGUUACCAGUUGUGGGUUGAUUCGCCGUCCCUAUCCGGCAAUUUCAGUUGUCUUCCAGAUCACGGACCGAGCUGGUUCUUCUGACGUGUUUGCUGCAGAUUUGUUUUACUUUUAAAGGCUUUUUAAUGACCUUGUAAAACUAAUCUGAUUGCUUACUUUUCUUUUUUUUGAAUCAACUGGUUAUUAGACAGAUUGGGCAGUUAAAAAGAACGACUGGGGGAAACUAGAGUGAGUGGCCUGUUUUUCUCAGACUGUUUGCUGGACCGUGAGAGGAGUGAGCUUGGGAGUAAACCUUGGUCACAUGGAGAGGUUCUUAUCGUGACUCCACCUGGGUACUUUCUCAUCAGUGGGUGACUGCUGGAUGUUAGAGACAAGACGUGCAUGAGAAACCCUGCAUCCAGACAUGGAAAUACGCAAGAGAGGACUGAGCAAGCUGGAGAGUUACUGGGGCAUCUCUCAAGAUGAUGUGUCUGCUGAAAGUUGUGGUGAAGCAAGAGGGGGUUUAAGGGUCAGUGAAAGGGAAGACUCUGGGAGAGAUUCCCAGAAUUGGUACCGUCUGAGCAUUCCACCUCUGUGGCCUUGGCAGACUGUUGUCAUAGCAGCAGGGUUGGUAUUGGCUGUGCUGACUGGGCUGGCUCAUGCCUGGUGUGUUUACUCCAUACAUGAGAACCUGCUGUGGUUUUCUCACCUCAAGGAAGUUGAGCGUGAAAUAUCCUUUCGGACAGAAUGUGGCCUGUACUACUCGUACUAUAAACAGAUGUUGAGAGCUCCCUCCAUACAGCAAGGUCUUUCAGAGCUCAUCAGUGAUAAUGCCACUGAAUCCAAGAGAACCAUCAACCUCCUGCGACGCAUGAACAUCUAUCAGGAAGUGUUCCUAGGUGUUCUCUAUAGGAUUCUACCCAUACAGGCCUACCUGGAGCCAGUGUAUUUCUAUAUCUACACCGUGUUUUCUCUCCAAGCGGUGUAUGUUAUAGCCCUAUUCAUCACCAGCUGGCUGCUCAGUGGUUCCUGGCUAGCAGGGGCUCUCACUGGAGUCUGGUACAUCCUCAACAGAGUGGACACAACGCGGGUGGAGUUCACCGUCUCUCUCAGGGAGAACUGGUCCCUGCCCUUCUUCGCUCUCCAGAUAGCUGCCAUCACUUGCUACCUGAGGCCUCACCUCAAACCCAUCCAGCAGAAGGUGGUGUUGUGGCUGAUGUUCCUGGCCACGUUGUGUUUCUGCCUCACCUGGCAGUUUAAUCAGUUCAUCCUGCUGGUUCAGGCUCUCAUCAUCUUCACCCUGGAUUGUCUGGACCUCAUCUCCACAGAACAGGUGACCUGCCUGUACCUAGUCCAGGUAAGCAGCCUGCUGUCCGUGUGGCUGCUGCAGUUCUGUAACUCCAUGAUCCUGGGCUCUCUGGCUCUCAGCUUCAUUGUGGCCGCUCUCUUUGUCAAGCACUUCCAGAGAGGGCUGAAGACCGGAGGUCUCGCAGCGCGGCUGGGAAAGCUGCUCCUUCACACCGUCCUCGUCCUUGCACUAACGUUCACUAUUCAUUAUUUAGCCAAGCAAGCAUUGCAGCUCCGAUCUGAUGAACACAUCUUUAAAUUCAUAAAGUCCAAAUUUGGCUUGGGCCCUACGAGAGAUUUUGAUGCCAGUCUGUACCUAUGUGAGGAAGCCUUUGGGCUGCUUCCCUUGGACACGUUUGACCGCUUGGCUGGCACUCUGCUGGCAUACCCUUACCUCGUCACCCUGAUUGUGCUCCUGGUGAUGCUGGCGCUGGUAACACUGGCCAACCUCUGUGAUUCUUCAGCGGUCGGGCGGCCGCCGAAAGGCCGAUGCGAGGCGCGGCCGAUCUGUAUGCGGGCAGAUGUCGCCUACAAUCUGUUACACACCGUCUUCUUCGGCCUCCUGGCGCUCGGCACCAUGAGAAUGAAAUAUCUGUGGACUGGCCAUAUGUGUGCCUUUGCUGCCUAUGGCGUGUGUGGCAAGGAGCUGUGGUCCCUCUGCCUUAACAUGAUUCACUGUAACACUAAAACAAAGCUGAGGCUGAUCAGGUACACGCUUCCACUUGUCAUUCUGUGUUUUCUAUAUUACAAGUUCUGGCCCAAACUGAUGACGGAAUUAUCAGAACUGAGAGAAUUCUACGACCCUGACACCGUUGAGCUGAUGACCUGGAUUAGCUCAAAGACCCCCAAGAAGGCGGUGUUUGCUGGCAGCAUGCAGCUGCUGGCUGGGAUCAAACUGUGCACAGGGAGAGUCCUGACUAACCACCCACACUAUGAAGACCGAGCUCUGAGAGAGAGGACCAGACAGGUGUAUCAGAUCUACGCCCAUCAAUCCCCAGAGGAGGUCCACGGGAUUCUGCGCACGGCGGGGGCUGAUUUCGUGGUGAUGGAGGACAGCAUCUGCUACGAGAGGAGGCAUGGCCGGGGCUGCAGGCUCCGAGACCUGCUGGAUCUGGCCAACGGACAUAUCAUGGAUGGCCCUGGGGACAACGACCCAGACUUGGUCCACGCCUCCCACCCUCGCUUCUGUGAGUCCGUCAAGACAGACGGCCCUGCCUACACAGCCCUCUUCACCCGCGUGUUCCAAAACAAGACCUUCCACGUCUACAAGCUGAGGAGGGGCAAGAAGAGAGCCAAGGCCGACAGAGAGCCGGUGGCCAUGCAGGAUUAAACCCAGUAAUAAGACCCUGGGUUACCCCAUAAACAACCCCCGCCCACCCAUAUCCAGCCCGCCCGCCCAGUCUCCGACUCAGCCUCCUGCUCCCUGCCAUGUUGAUAACCUGAUGACUGCUCUGUGCUCCCUGCUCUCUGGUCUACUCAACUUCAUCUGGAACCAUGGCUGCACCCUCCCGCCCGCCACUCUCCCUCCCUCCUUCCAUCCCUCCCUGCGCCACGGCAGCCCGAGGCAGGUAAUCACGGCCGGCUGACACGGCGCUGAUUUGAACAGCGUCUGAUUGUGCCGGGCGAGCAGAUGAGCACAUGCAUAUCAAACCAGGGCUUUGUGUCAGGAAGCUCAUGUUUAAACAGGAGAGGAAAAUGACGGCACAUCACAACAACAUUCACGGCUCUCUCUCGCGUUCACCCGGACUAAAGGGAGAGCAGAGAAGAAAGAGGAGAGGGACCUUUGAGAGGGAGCUGAUUGAAAGCUAGAGCAGCGGGGGUAAUUAUUGCGAAGGCCAGUCUGGUCUCUUUGGUGGCUGGGUCUGCAGCCUGACUGCACAGCUGCACCCUGUUCCAUUUCCUUGUUUUUAAACCGUGCCAUGUCUCGUCUCCACUUGUUAAUGAGGACUCCUCUUUUGAUACUCUCUCACAGAAACACAAAGUUCUGCAUAAGUUGUCAGUUGUGGUGGAUCAAGGGGAAGUGGCAUUCUCAUUGUAAUGCAUAACAGUCCUAUCACUGUGAAGAGUAUUUGCUUGUUCAUUCCGUUGCAUUGAAAUUGGAUGUUUAAUUUAGGAGUUGGCUAAUAAAAGAAUGUACGAGGGAGAAGUAAUUUCAUUAUGUUUGCCUAAUAAGUGCAUACUAAUGUAAUGUUUUUGAGCAUUGACAUUCUUAAUUUUCAUAUUUAUUAAUAAUUCAGUUUAGAUGCAUUGGUCAUUUAAACCGACAGUAUUUUUUGAAAUGAGCAAACGCUAGAGCAGAUAAUUUAUUAACUGUGUGUAUUCGCUCACAACGCAACACCACAGAAUCAUAUAGUAUUAUGUAGAAGGACAGCAUUGUGGGUAAACCAUGGCCACUGGUCAAUGUUGAAUUAGGUGAAUGAUUAACAUAUUCAUGGCAACUGGUCUAUGUAGGGCUGGCUAACAUACAGUGGGCAUCAGAAGUAUUCACCGCCUUGGAUUUUUUUCACGUUGGUGGGUUACAAAGUGGGAUUGAAGUAGAUUUAAUUGUCAUUUUCCUGUCAUGGAUUUACACAAAAUACUCAAUAAUGUCAAAGUGAAAAGAAUUUAAAUAAUAUAAUGUAUACAGAUUAAUAAGAAUUAAAUGACUAAAAUAAAGUUGUUACAUAUAAGUAUUCACCCCGUUUGUUUAGGCAUGCCUAAAUUAGUUCAGGAGUAACAUUGUGGCUUAACAAAUCACAAGUUACAUGUGAAAUAAUAGGGGUUGACAUUAUUUUUUUAAUGACUACCCCUUCCUCUGUCCCCCAUACAAGGUCCCUCAGUCAAGAAUUGAAUUUCAAGCACAGAUUCAACUACAAAGACAAGAGGGGUGUACGACGAAGCAAGCUACAGUAGAUCUACUCAGUUUUCUAAAGCUAGCCAGCUUCUGUUGCUUUCCCAUUCCAGCUCAGGCUUCAUCCGUACUACGACGGGGGAUAUUGCUUGUCCGUCUACCAAACUCUAGCAGGCUUGAAACUGCGUGUGCCUGUUGCACGUGGCUAGUCAAACACCAAACUUUUCACUGAGACAAUGCUGAAACAUCAACCCAUGGGAAAGUCGGUGCCAUACUUUCAUUUGUGCCAAAAAUCAAAAUGGAAGGAUCUAGCAAAUUCAGCGGGCGUUCGUGUGAAAUAGACUUUUUGAAGUGCUGUCUUUUUAUUACUUUGGUGUGGUUAUCAACACACGUAACUUUUCCUCCACUCCUAUUGAUAAAAUCAUUGUAUUAAGUCAUAUAAAUGUUUUACUGUGUGUGAAGUUUCAAAUGCAUUUGUCAUUACUAAAUGUGCAAUGUGAUUAGUGUGACCAUGUUAAAAUACCUAUUUGGAUAGUCCCAUCUGUAGAUGCUCUACAGACGGUCAUACUGUCAAUAUGCCAUUAAGGUCAAACUAUCUGUUGAUAAGUAACUGUGGUUAGGGUUAUCUUACGGUUAGGGUUAUGUUUAGAAUAAGGGUUAGUAGAUAGUUAGUGGAAAUUUUACAGAUGCUUUACACACUACCCACCCAAAACACGGCAAAGGAAUACACAUUUUGGCCUAAAUGCAAGCCUUAUGUUUGAGGCAAAUCCAACACAACACAUCACUGAAUAACUAUCCUUAUUUUCAUCAUGGCAGGGGCAUGCUUGACAUCGGCAAAGACUGGGGAGUUUUUCAGGAUAAAAA